CGCCAGCCGAAUAGCACCACUCGGUCCAACCGAGUCUCACCAGCUGUCAUGUUGUCCGUCCGGCCUUGCUGCAGCACAAUGCUUUCUAGCCGUUAAUUAUUACAACAUAUCAUGUUUCUUAUCUAUAUUUGAUACUGGUUUUCUUUUCUGUAAUUGCGACAAACGAACUCGCGUCGCGGGCCCGAAAUACGAAGCUUUCGCGAUCUUCUAGCCCCUGCGGGGAAGCUCCUCCAUCCCAACUGGCUUGGGAAGCACAUACCAUUUGAUCUCAUCCAACGACGAACAUCAUGGGGCAACGAAGGUUUAUCGCACCUUUACUAGCGCUGGCGUGCGCUACGUCCGGUGUUUUAGCGAGCAAGAAGGUGUUCAACAUCCAUGAUGAUCUUCUGGCAUUCCCUCAAUUCCAAGUCCUGUUCCCCGAAAGCUACGUCCUCGAAUCGCAAGCAAGGGAGUUGCUACAAGCGCAGGCCUCGACAUUCGAUGAAAACCAAAAGCAUUCCGACAAGAAUCCGCAGGUUUACAUGGGAAAGGAUAGUUCAUCAGACCCUUCUCACAAUCAAAACGGGGCAAAUAAAGAUGAAUCUGCCGUCACAUAUGAAGAAAUGACCCUCGAAGGACAACGGUAUCUCUGUCAGAUCCCGCACAUCGACACUGGUGAUCUCAACCGCACUCGCACGGAAGAAUCAAGUGAAGUUGAGAAGCACAAAGAGCUUGCACGGGCCACGGAUCGCGGUCUUGAGCUUCUGCGCGACAUGGAGGGCAAAUGCAUGUAUUACAUAUCCGGGUGGUGGUCUUACUCUUUCUGCUACAAGAAGCAAAUCAAGCAAUUCCAUGCUCUCCCAUUUGGCAGCGGGGUCCCCAACUAUCCACCUAUGGAAGACCCAACGACACAAUCGUUCAUCCUGGGAAGAUUCCGACGAGGUGAUGAUGAUGAAAUGGAUGGUGAGGCUGAGCGAAAGAAGGCAACAACCACAGACCUGGCGGAACUUCAGACGAAAGGGGGCUCGCGAUACCUCGUACAACGGCUCGAGGGCGGGACUAAGUGCGACUUGACAGGACGGAACCGAAAGGUUGAAAUUCAGUUCCAUUGCAAUCCCCAAUCUACGGACCGAAUUGGUUGGAUCAAAGAACUUACGACCUGUUCCUACCUGAUGGUGAUUUAUACCCCCCGGCUAUGUAACGACGUCGCUUUUUUGCCACCUCAACAGGAUGAAGUGCACUCGAUCGAGUGUCGAGAGGUCCUGACCCCUGAAGAAGUUCCCGAAUGGGAGGCGAUGCAAAAUUACCUCUCGUCUCAGCAAUUGGUCGAGUCAGGAGAGUCGUCCGAGUUUGCUAUUGUCGGUGACAUUCAGGUGGGAGCCCAGAAGCUGGUUGGGACAGAGGGCAAGAAGAUCGAAAAGGGGCGUGUUGCCUCUGCUGGCGAGGAGAAGGUGGAUGUGGUUGCCAAGCGCGAGAAAGGGGAGGUGCAAUGGCUGUCCAAGGAAGAGCUGAAGAAAUACGACCUUGAUCCGCAGAAGAUUGAAACAUUGAAGAAGCAACUCGAGGAGCUGGCCAAUGGCAAGGACUGGACACUAGAAGUUGUUGAGGCCAAUGGAGAGCGCGGGCUUCGGGGCAUUGUGGACGCUGAUGAGGAAGACGAGCUCGAAGGAGACCGUGCCUACAAGGAGAGAACCAGUGAACGCCCAGGAACCAAGCCUGCGCCAAAUGAUGGAGACCAGCCACAGCGACAGGCAAAGGAGACGUCGCAGGAGGCAUCAAAGCAGCAACCACAGGAGCGACCUGGGCAGCAGCCCGAGAAAAAGGUAGAAACCCAGGAACAGAAGGAACCAGAACCCUCAUAUGGGGGAUCAGAAAAGGGUAGCGAAGAAACGUUCAAGGACGAACUAUGAGUUGAUAUCACCUUUUGUACUGUACAUUCUGAUUGCAUUUUAUCAAUUUCAUAUUCCGGUCAGGCGUUCAGGGAAUCUACUUUGUGGGGAAAUGUAGAUUGGAUCUAGAGAAUUCUCCCUAUUAACCCUUUAAACGAUCAUCAGAAUGCAUCAAUGUUACUAUUCCAAGUGGAUCGUCCGAUGCCAGGAACCGUGUGGAUUCAUUCAUGCCCAAAUACGUCAGACUCUAGGUAUUGAGAAUGGACACCCUGCUUCAACAAUCUGGGCUAUCAUGAUAGAAAAUAAUAACAAUAAAUAGAAUUAUCACCCCG